GAUGGCUGAUAACACAGUAAUAGAAAGGGUAAGAUUUUAUGUUUUUUAAACGAUGAAUAUUUGAAGUAUUGUCGAUGUAUUUCAUUUAAUGUUUAAUUAAUGCUGGAUUUUUGUAUUAAAUCAUGUAGUCCCACUGUAGUAGAAAAAUCAAUGACAGUGACACUCAUUUUUGUUCUCAAACAAUAUAUAAUCUCAUUGCAGGAAAAGCAUAUGAAACAAUUAAAACGUAGAAUGGAAUGUUGGCGUGAAGUAAUACUUCCAUUAAAUUCCAUUCUAUUAUGGGAACGGUCUUGGUAUCCUGGUCUCAUACUUGGAAUUACAACCAUAAUAUUUUUUCUGAUAUGGAUUUUGGAACCUGCUAUACUUACAAUAAUAUCCGUAACUCUUCUUGUAUUGGCUUUGGUCGAUUAUCUUGUGCCACCUGUAUCAUCUUGGCUAAGCCCUGUUAAUAAAUGGACAGGGCAAAAAGAAAAAAAAUUAAAUGAGAUAUGUCAAAAUUUAUCUGUAAUAAUUUUACAAUUACAAAAUUUGUGGAAAUUGAUGUUAAAAAUACGAAAUGAUCGUCCUAAUGUGUGAAUGCUCUUUUACUUACACCAGGAUUCAGACAUAAAGGUCGUGCGAUGUCAGUUAGUAUAACAUACAUGCGCGAUUUUUUAUUUCAUGAAAAACGAUCA